AUGAAGAACGUCUUUUUCCCAUUAACUACACUAUUUCUAUUACAAGUCGCUAAUGGAGCAGUCCUUGGAUCAUUGGAUGACGAUGCCCAGUCAAAAAAAGACACCAAGGAAAAAUCUACUCAAACACAAACAACUAUUGCUCCUACAAGCCCUGUUAUCAGCGAGAUUUCAACCCAAGUGACGAGUCCGAUAACUAGCCCUGCAGUAAGUCUAUUGACCAGUGAGACAACCAGCCAAAAAACCAGUGUUGUAGAAAGUACUUCCAUACCUACCGCAGCAAGCAGCAAAUUAACAAGUCCUACCUCCGCACUAACGCCGACUCAGUCUACAUCUACAAGAAACUAUGACGAGCCUCUCACAACUCUCACAACUACAAACUCAGCUGGAGAAACAAUCACAUCAAAGAUCUGGUGGCUACCAUCCACUACGUUUGAAACUUCAAAAACAACCACUGGAUCCACUGCCUCCUCGUCCUCUUCUUCUUCUUCAUCAACUCAUAACUCAUCCCAUUCUCUAUACUCAAACGGCACCAAUGGAGCUCCAGCUACCUUUCCAAAACACAUUAUAUAUCUCGCGGCAAUUGCCCUGAUAUAA